AUGCCUUAUCUUCUCAUAAUCUGGAUUUCUUGGUCUGAAAAGAACACACACAUACUCCAGCUUUUAACACAUUCAAACAAAAGCUAGGAGUGGCAACUUAAUUAGUAAGAGUCCAUGGCUUCAACUUCAACACCCCCCAUCACUAUACAAAUCCAUUCUUCAUCAAAAACAAACUUCCCAUCAAAACCAUUAAUCCAAACUAGUCUCAAACUUCCAUUUUCGCCUACGACAUAUAAACUCGAUGUCCGAGUUGUAAGAUCUUCAAGUCCAACCAAGUACAAUGAAGUUGUCGUGGAUGAAGAAAUUGAAAGGAUCCGGAGACUCCAGAAUGGGUCAGAUGUUCGAGGGGUCGCGGUGGAAGGUGAAAAGGGUCGAACGGUGGACCUUACGCCACCUGUGGUGGAAGCAAUUGCAGAGAGCUUCGGCGAGUGGGUUGUCAAAGGCUUGGAGAAAGAGAAUGCAAGGAUUUCACUUGGUAGAGAUCCAAGAAUAUCAGGAGCUUCAUUGAGUGCAUCAGUAUUCGCAGGCCUUGCUCGAGCAGGUUGUGUUGUGUUCGACAUGGGACUUGCUACUACUCCUGCUUGCUUCAUGAGUACACAAUUGCCUCCCUUUGCCUAUGAUGCUUCUAUCAUGAUGACGGCGUCUCACUUGCCAUAUACUCGUAACGGUCUGAAAUUUUUCACCAAGAGAGGAGGGCUAACCUCGCCGGAGGUGGAGGAGAUAUGUGACAAAGCUGCUACAAAAUAUGCGAAUCGGCUCACUAAAGUGUCUACAAUGCUAAGCAUUCCUCCAACAAGAGUUGAUUUCAUGAGCAAUUACUCAAAACAUCUCCGGGAGAUAAUCAAGGAGAGAGUGAACCACCCAUUGCACUAUGACACUCCACUCAAAGGAUUCCAGAUAAUAGUGAAUGCUGGAAAUGGAUCGGGAGGCUUCUUCACUUGGGAUGUCCUAGACAAGCUUGGUGCUGACACUUUUGGGUCUCUACACCUAAACCCAGAUGGGAUGUUCCCAAACCACAUUCCUAAUCCUGAAGACAAGACUGCCAUGGCACUUACAAGAGCUGCUGUACUAGAAAACUCUGCUGAUCUUGGAGUUGUUUUUGACACUGAUGUCGACCGGAGUGGUGUAGUAGACAGCAAAGGGAACCCUAUCAAUGGUGACAGGCUCAUUGCACUAAUGUCAGCUAUUGUGCUUAGAGAACACCCCGAAACGACCAUAGUCACCGAUGCUCGUACAAGUAUGGCACUCACAAGAUUUAUCACUGCUAGAGGUGGUCAGCAUUGCUUAUACAGAGUUGGUUACAGAAAUGUCAUUGACAAAGGAGUUCUGCUUAACAAGGAUGGCAUUGAAACACAUCUAAUGAUGGAGACAUCGGGACAUGGCGCUCUUAAGGAGAAUUAUUUCUUGGAUGACGGAGCUUACAUUGUUGUCAAAAUCAUCAUCCAAAUGGUACGAAUGAAACUAGAGGGAUCCGACGAAGGCAUCGGGAGUCUCAUUAAAGAUCUGGAAGAACCAUUUGAGUCUGUUGAACUGAGGAUGAAUGUCAUCUCUGAGCCUAGACACGCGAAGCAACAAGCCAUUGAAGUGAUUGAAUCAUUCAGAGAAUACAUAGAAGAAGGGAGGCUUGAAGGUUGGGAAUUGGACUCAUGUGGAGACUGCUGGGUUAGUGAAGGCUGUCUUGUUGAUUCAAAUGACUCUGCCUUAGCUGUUGAUGCUCACAUGUACAGGGCAAAAGUUUCAGACAAAGAACAUGGAGAACAUGGUUGGGUACACAUUAGGCAGAGUAUUCACAACCCAAACAUAGCUGUGAAUAUGCAAUCAUCGGUGCCUGGAGGCUGUCAAUCUAUGACAAAACUUCUUAGAGACAAGUUUUUAGUGGCAAGUGGGGUGGACAAAAUCCUAGACAUCAGCCAGAUAGACAAGUAUGCAAGAAGUGGAGUUGUAAAAUAAGAUGAAAUGUCGUUUUGAUGUAGAUAUAUAGAAUGGUGGUGUAUAGAUACAACUCCAUGGAUCAUAUUGUAUCUAACAGUUGUGGUGUAUGGUAAACAAUGUUGAUGUGUAA